GUUAGGCCACCCCCCUCGCUGCGUCAGGUCACCCCCAACUCCAGCAGCUCUCACAAAAUGGCUCUCGCCAUCUCCGCCCUGAGCGUGGUCGCUCGCACCACCAAGAGUGGCAAGGCCACCACCAAGAAGAGCACCACCAAGAAGGCCAGCAGCGGCAGCAAGCUCAGCUGGUACGGCCCCAGCCGCCCCAAGUUCCUGGGCCCCUACAGCGACGGCGCCACCCCCAGCUACCUGACCGGCGAGUUCCCCGGCGACUAUGGCUGGGACACGGCCGGCCUGUCUGCCGACCCCCAGACCUUUGCCCGCUACCGCGAGAUUGAGGUCAUCCACGCGCGCUGGGCCAUGCUGGGCGCCCUGGGCUGCGUCGUGCCCGAGCUGCUGGACGGCACCAACCACAUUGCCUGGUUCAACGCCGGCGCCACCAUCUUCUCCGACGACGGCCUGCAGUACCUGGGCAUCCCCGGCCUGAUCAACGCCAAGUCCAUCGUCGCCACCCUCAUCGUCCAGGUCAUCCUCAUGAGCUACGUGGAGGGCUACCGCGUCAACGGCGGCCCCGCGGGCACCGGCCUGGACGCCGUGUACCCCGGCGGCAGCUUUGACCCCCUGGGCCUGGCCGACGACCCCGACACCUUCUCCGAGCUCAAGGUCAAGGAGAUCAAGAACGGCCGCCUCGCCAUGCUGUCCAUGUUUGGCUUCUUUAUCCAGGCCAUUGUCACCGGCGAGGGCCCCAUUGAGAACCUGAACAAGCACCUUGCCGACGCCUCCGCCAACAACUUCUACUCCCUCUACGCCUCCACCCUGGCGUGAGCCCCCGCCGCCCCUCUUCCCCGCGCGCCGGGGAGCUUGGUCUGCCGCCCGCGCCACCCCUUGCCGUCUUGCUUGCAUACGCCUGCCAACGUACGAGGCACCCACCGCCGCCACGCGACACCUCGCCGAGAAGAACUUCCCUACCUGCCCGUCACCCCCCCGCCGCCCUCUGUACACUACUAGCCUAUGUUAUGCCUAGACAGUUUUGGUGUGUAAUGCUGGAUUUUGGCAAGAGGGUGGGAGGACACAAAAGGUCGUGAUGGAGGGAGAGGGCUGACAUUUGGGGCGGCCUGGCUGUGGCGGCUUGGGGCAGCCAGCCUGCCCCGCCCCCUCCAUGCAACUGGUUGCUGCCGCACGCGCGUAAUCGCAUGCUAUUGCAUGCUAAUCGAGGCGCAACAGCCAGCGGGAGGGAGUGGCCAGCAUUUUUAUACAGGUUGGGCAGGGUUGCUCUUAGUACACAGGGCGGCAGCGCCGGCUGCGCGCCCCUCAGGCAAAGUCUCGGUCCGGGAAGAGCUGCGGCGCCACCAGCGUCCAGCAGUAGAGCCCCACCGUCACCCACUG